UUUCUACGUCACUUCCUGCGCGGCAGACCGACCCAGCAAGCAAGUUGUCAGCUACCUGCUUCGUGCGUAGAGAACUUAAUAACAUUUUCUGUCAUUUGUUCCCCCUUUUUGUCUGAUAAUCCCCCCACGGAGGAUUCCUACCACAUAUCUAACCCCACUGUGAUGCUGUCGACUGAAGCUCUGCUAAGUUUUACUGUUGCCGCCCACGGUAGCCAACGUUAGCUGCUACUGCUAACAGGGAAGCCUGCAUUGCAAGUUAACCAACGGUCAAUCAGUGCUGCUUUUGCUAGCUGGGUCAUCAUGAAACACUUGUUUUAUCUAACUACAUGUCUUUGAUAGUUUGCUUUGACUUGUUAUUCGAACUUAAUGACCGUGAAGUCUCGAGUCAGAGGUAGAAGUUGCUGCAGAGUCCAUCAACAUGUCUCACCAGCUGACAGUGGAUCAGCUGAAAAAGAUAGAGGAGAACAGACAGAGGGCUUUGGAGAGAAGAGCCCAAAGACUCGGACAGACUACCAGCAGCAGUAAGCAGUGCUCGGGAGUUUUCAGCAGUGCUUCGGUAAAAGCACAACCCCCUAAACAUAGCAGUGCCUUGGAGACUGCUGCCCCGACUCAAACUCAAAACAGAGAGACUCAGAGCUCAGCCUCUGGACCUAAACGGUUUGUACCACCCUUUAAAAAAGACUCUCAAGGCCUCCAUAACACAAAUCAAGGCCCAAACCAUCAGCAGUCACCUGGCACUGGCAACCAAAUCAAUCAGAGUGCUGUGUGUGCCUCUGCCUAUACAAGACAGGCCCAACUCAUUGACCCUCUCCCUAAGACAACAAGUCAACAUGUAAGCAGUGGUGUCUUGUCCAGUGGAGGAAACUUUGGUGUGAAGUUGCCUCAACCUCAGCCCAACCUCUCCACCAACAGCUGUGGAGGUGCAGUGGGCUCCUUCUACAAUCAGAGUAGUAAACCUGCCCAAAGCCCUGUGGCACAGCCUCCCUCGAGCUCUUCAACUUUAAAUGGUGGACCUGCUAAGAAACCUGCCAUAUCUGUGAGAGGAAGAUGUGUACCUCACACUGAGGACCGCUUCAGAAUAGAAGUGGGCUAUCAUGCAGAGCUGAUUGCUGUUUUUAAAUCCAUCCCUUCAAAGAACUAUGACCCUGCAACAAAGAUGUGGAACUUUGGUCUGGAGGACUACCGACAGCUAAUGGAGGAAGCAGCUUCUAUUUCCUCUGUGUCUUUGAGGCCUCUGGAGGGAAUGGAGGCGCUGGACAUCGCUGCAGCAACCAGCCGAGCUCGUGACAGUGCAGCGCUGGGAGCGUUGUUGAAGCUGUGUAACGGCUGGCAGAAACCUGGGGCCACUCUGCAGGGCCAGUGCAUCCUGGUGUCUCACACUAAGUUCGAGGUUGACAUUGGUUACCAUGGGGAGGUCAUUGCAGCGUUCAAGCAGAUGCCAACAAAGACCUAUGACAUGAAAACAAGAAAGUGGAGCUUUUCACUCGAGGAUUACAAGAGACUCGUGGAUCUUCUCAGUGGGAUAGCAGCAGUGGAGGUGGAGCCUCUGCCCAGGGCAAUAGUCCAGGCGUUCUCUGCCAGGUUUGAUGGGACUGAAGCCAGGUCUUUAGACGUCCCUGAGGCAGACCUCUCCGACAUCGACCCCUCGCUUACCCGCAGUCUCAUGCCCUUCCAGAGGGAGGGAGUCAAUUUUGCAGUGUCAAAACAAGGCCGCCUCCUCCUGGCUGAUGACAUGGGCCUGGGGAAGACAAUUCAGGCCAUCUGCAUAGCAGCCUUUUACAGGAACGAGUGGCCUUUACUAGUGGUGGCUCCGUCCUCUGUGAGAUUCACCUGGGCUGAGGCCUUCAGACGCUGGCUCCCUUCCCUGAGUGCUGACAGCAUCAACGUGGUGGUAAAGGCCAAAGAUAAUCUGAGGUCUGGUCUGGUCAACAUCAUCAGCUACGACCUCCUGAGCAGGAUGGACAAGCAGCAGCCAGGAAACCCCUUUGGUGUUCUCAUCAUGGAUGAGUCUCACUUUCUGAAGAACAUGAAGACUGCUCGCUGUAAAUCAGCGUUACCUCUCCUGAAGGCGGCAAAGAGAGUGAUUCUCCUGUCUGGGACCCCCGCCAUGUCCAGACCCUCAGAGCUCUACACCCAGAUCCUGGCUGUCAGGCCAACUCUCUUCCCGCGCUUCCAUGAUUUUGGGCUGCGCUACUGUGAUGCCAAACAGAUGGCUUGGGGGUGGGACUACUCGGGCUCCUCUAACCUUGGAGAGUUAAAGCUGCUCCUGGAGGAGUGUCUGAUGCUGCGUCGCCUCAAGUCAGAUGUCCUCUCCCAGCUUCCAGCUAAACAACGCAAGGUUGUCACAGUGACCAUAGAUGGAGUCAACACUCGCUUAAAAGCUGCUCUGUCGGCUGCCGCCAAGCAGUUAUCCAGCGGAAACAGCAAUAAAAAGGAAGAGAAGGAGGCCCUGCUCGUCUUUUAUAACCACACAGCUGAAGCCAAGCUACAAGCUAUUACGGAGUACAUCACAGACAUGCUGGAGUGUGGGAGGGAGAAGUUUCUGGUGUUUGCCCAUCAUAAGCUAGUCCUUGAUCACAUCACCAGCGAACUGGAAAAAAAGAGCGCCACUUACAUCCGUAUUGAUGGGGCCACACCCUCGGCUGAACGGCAGCAGCUCUGUGAGCGGUUCCAGUUCUCGACCAAGAGUUGUGUAGCCGUUCUCUCCAUCACCGCAGCUAACAUGGGUCUGACCCUGCAUGCUGCUGACCUGGUGAUCUUUGCUGAGCUUUUUUGGAACCCAGGGGUUCUCAUUCAGGCAGAGGAUAGAGUGCACCGUAUUGGACAAACCAGCAAUGUGAACAUUCACUACCUGGUUGCCAAGGGAACUGCUGAUGAUCACCUGUGGCCGAUGAUCCAGGCCAAAAUGAAUGUGUUGGAGCAGGUGGGGCUUUCUGAGUCUAACCUCUCAGACAAAGCAGUAAACGCCAGCUUCCACUCCAAGGAUCCUAACCAGAGGAGAAUCAUGGACAUGUUCCAGAGGUCUUUCACUGCAGAUGAUGACAUAGAUGAGGCCGUUUUACAGGAGGCUGCAGACGAGUGGGAGGACUCUCCCCCUGAAAACAGCUGCGGAAAACAGCAAGGCAUGGCUGUACAAAACCCCAACAAAAGGAGCAUCACAGACUAUUUCAGCAGAUGAAAUUGUACAGGUUGACCCCAAACCGACCCUUUACCCAAUCUUAUUUUGACUAUCAUGACUGAACAUGUGUGAACAUAACGUUUAUUAGAACAUUAAUAAAACUCUUUUUUUUUGCUACUGAAAGAAAAUCAA